AUGCCACCGGCAAUCACAUACGAUGGAGUCGAAAGUGCCGAGGGCGGUACCAUCUUCAAGGACCUCAAGUUUUGGCUCUCACGUCGAGUACCGAGCAGAAAAUAUUGGACAGAGCUUAUCACGCAAAAUGGCGGCAAGGUCGUCAUCCUAGAAAAACAUGCUGAUAUGCUUAUCGCGGACCAUCUCAUAAAAAGAGAUGCCCCUCCUGGCUCCUAUUCAUGGAAGUUUAUUAAGGACUCGGUGGAAAACGGGUAUAUACAAAUCAAGGAUAAAUACUUGAUAGGACGCCAUCCAGACGAACCAAGGCCGGUGGGCAGCAAUCAAGCCAAAAAGUCAACAAGGACACCGUUCACUGCUGAGGACGACGCGAAACUUACUAGGUGGGCACUAAACCAUCCGACCCAACACAAAGGAAAUCAGAUAUGGUACGAAUACGAAAAAAUUAAUCCUCGACACACUGCGCAAUCUUGGCGCGAUCACUGGAUCAAAAAGCUGCAGCCCCUGGAUAGGAAAAAGUUGGAGAGUAUGGCAGCCUCUGCGCCUCCAGAAGCCGGUCCUAUUGCGAGCACCCCAGAAAAGACUACGGCAGACCGCAAUACGACUGUCAGAAUCCCACAGAAGGCUGCUGUUCAAAGGGCCCCUGAACAACGCAUGAACAGCCAAGUAAACGCCGGCCCCAUUCGCAGAGCACCACAACCUCAACCUCCGACAGCGCCAUCGCAAGGCCCGAGAGAAGCCAACAAACCUCGGGAAUCAAUAGUAGACUGUCAAGAACAAGAACAAGAACAAGAACAAGAACAAGAAGAGGAAGAAGAAGAAGAAGCUCUCGCUCUUUUGAGGGACAACUGGUACCAAGAUCUUGAUGAGUAUAUUAAAGUUACCGAGAAAGACAUCAAGAGAAGUCUCAACAUCAAUGGAAAGAAGAUCGAGUUGUUUGAUCUUCUGCUAGCUACCCGAGAUGCGCCAGUAUCACAGGACAGCCAAGUAACCGACUGGUACAGAGUCGCAGAGAACCUUGGCUUCGUUGAACCAGAUCAGCACACUGUCAAUGAGUUGCAUCUCUGCUAUGAAGAGAACCUCGUGGACUUCCUCGACACAAUGGAGAGCUUCGAAGUCAACAGCGAGGAACAGAGCCCCGAGUCACAGGAUCAAGCUCCUGACAUAGACCCUGCUCAGGACAUCAACUUCGAAGACGGUCAACAGCGCGGUUUACUGCAAAGCCAAGUACCCUCCUCACCCCCAGUCACCGCGCCAGGUUUGAAACGAACCGCUGGUGAGCCUCCCUUCGCCUCACUGGAGCGCUUUAAGAAAAGACGCUACAGUAAGGACAUAGAGAUACCAUCUACACCGGACGCCGAAGAAGCCCCCAAGCUACAGCGUGCCCAAGAAACAUCUCCUGGUGCACUAAGAACCUCUCAGUGGCUAGGUUAUAUUGGUGAAAGCGAAGCUUCGCAACACCUUCCACCGCUUCCCCCGAUGCAAGAUGAGUCACAAGACCUCGGAACGCGGCCGGCAUUCAGGCAGGAUACCCGUCACCAAUCUGUGGAUGUUUCACUGCCAAACGAUACAGCUUUGGAUACUACACCAAUACCGUUGCGUCUGAAUAAACAUCGCCAGCAAAAAUCCUCUCGUGAGAGACAGCGAGAAUCACACGCCCAGCCCAUGAAGCGACGUCAUGACAGCAGCUUUACAGACCAAAUCGCUCCCAGGCGAGCUGUUUCCUCUGUGAAACCGAAACCGAACCCACAACCAAGCAGCCGAACAGCUCGACGGUCUCUUCCGGCCUCUUUCAACUCUCCCCGACCUAUUCCCGAUACAAGCCAGCCUCAGAGUUCAGAGAAGUCUAAUUCUCGAGAAAUCCAGAACUGGAUAAAUCGCUAUGAAGCAAUGGGCUACCCCCGCCAAUUUGUCGUGGAAGCCCUCAAACGUACCACCCUUACACCUGGAAAAUUGGCCCUUCUAGUCAUGAAGCAUCUCAGUGAAGGACGCGAUGUGCCUUCUCGCUAUGAGGGUAUCUGGACAGACCGUGACGAUGCGGACUUGGAGUUUGCUUCGAGCGUAGACUUCAGCCGUCCUCCCGCUGACGACAGCGAAGACCGUCAACAGCAGCGCGCUCAGGAAGCUCACAACCGGCUUGUUAAUAAGCAUGGCUAUGAGAGGUUUAACAUAAGAAAGGCUUUUCUCGAGGCCCAAGCAAAAGAAGGUGGCAGCCAGCUUGAAGGAUAG